CCCAAACCGAGCGUGAGUAUAGAUGUCGCGAGCAAGGAGCAAUCGGGACCAUCUAGUGCAUCUCGUCCAAACGAUCGGUCUUUCCGACCGGGUCCGUAUGACCCGACGAAAAACCAGACUCCAUCCAAAGGUGCAACCCUUGUCUUCAGGCGCUCCUCUCUAGACAGGUGCAUUCCAAACCCGUUGGUGCCAGACCAAGGGAGCUUUUCACAGUACCCAGAGUUUGCUAAGAGACGCCGCCACACCCUGCAUGGAACCACCAGAUACAAUUGCAACGAGUGUCGAGUGGGCUUUCGACGCAAGGCGGACUGGAUACGCCACAUGGAGAACGCAAAGGCGCACAGAAAUCCCGCAUUCCUGUGCAACAGAUGCAAACGGCGCUACAGCAGAGAAGAUGCGCUCGCUCGGCACGUUCGGGUGGUGUGUCGGUCAUGAUGAUCAUUGUUCGAAGGAGCCGGAAAGAAACGGCGCGAAGAGAGAGCGAAGGGAGAGGAAGGAGGGAUCGUGAGUCCUUGAUCUGACGUCUUCUCUAUGGCCGAGAAUUCAGCCGUCUUCACUCGUCCCUCCCUAUCGACUGCACCCUGAGUUGCUGACGCUGAUACUCCUGCGCUGCCCAUGAGCACUGCCAUUCGCGACGACAUCUAUCUGAGAGCCGUACAAGGGUUUGCAUGCUGAUUUCUACAACGCUACGAGUUUUAUGUUCGAGGCUCAGAGCCGUUCGAGCUCUGUCGAUAUGCUAUGGACAGGAUGUCACACUUGUCUACACGAUAUUGUACGCGUUGAUCUAUGAUUUUGACUGCUUUUUUC